AUGGCGCCGGCAUCAUCCACGACUUCGCUUCUAGACUCGCUCAAGGCCAUCGAAAUCCUCAAGGGCCUGGUCCUUGACCAUGCCCGCGCCAUCUACGGUCAUUCGUAUCCUACUUCCCACCACACCUUCUCGGUCAUCACCUGCGUUAUGGAAUGGGGCACAAUGCAGGCCCCAGACGACAAUUAUUUCGCUGAAGUCAUCGUCUAUACCACGCCUGAUUCAUUAGUGGAAUGGAAGCUGUUGCUCACGGGUGAAGAAUCAGAAUCGGACCUCGAGGCUAUGAAGAGCUUGUACCACACGGUACAACAGCAGGUCGGUAAAAUCUCAGGUGAGAGAAAAGCCCAUGUCCGCGCCAUUCACGGUCCAAUAUACUCCAGGGGCACUGUAUUCGACGUCGUUACAGGAUGGGACAAUGUAUGCUGUUCACGCUUCAUCUGCUAUGUCAUCGUUUACCCUGAAACCAAACCUUUCAAGGCAGGCGAGGUCGUGUCCGCCGAUUGGUCCCCAAUCAUGGCAUCGGAUCGUGCGGACACCGUGAACCAAGCCUACCAAGAUAUCCUCAACAAACUGCGGAUUGAGAUGCAGAAAGUUAUGGGCUUGGUUGAGACAUACAAGAAGAAGGCCGAGGAGUGA